CGUGCAGCGGAGCGGAUGGGGCAGAGUCAGGUGAUCACGGCGGUGAACGGGCAGUUCCCAGGCCCAAAGGUGCAGGCCCGAGACGGCGACACGGUGGUGGUGCACGUCGUCAACCUGUCCCCCUACAACGUGAGCAUCCACUGGCACGGCAUCCUGCAGCGCCUCUCCAGCUGGGCGGACGGGCCAAACAUGGUGUCGCAGUGCCCCAUCCGACCCGCCGGCGGCACCUACACGUACCGCUUCAACGUCACCGGCCAGGAGGGCACGCUACUGUGGUGGCACGCCCACGUCUCCUUCCUCCGCGCCACCGUCUACUACGGCGCGCUCAUCAUCCGACCGCGAGGGAGAGGGAGCUACCCAUUCCCGAGGCCCUACGGCGAGGCCACUAUCCUCCUCGGCGAGUGGUGGAACACCAGCGUCGUCGACGUCGAGAGGCAGGCAUUCCUCAAGGGAGCCGGGCCAAGCAACUCAGUCGCGCUAACCAUCAACGGACUCAUUGGUGCUGCCGGCGGCGGUGCUUCUGCUGAGAACAACGCCGCCGCCGCCGCCCACCACCACCACCAGUACCAGCUCACCGUGGAGCCCGGCCGGACGUACCUGCUCCGCAUCAUCAACGCCGCGCUCAACUACCAGCUCUUCUUCAAGGUCGCCAACCACUCCUUCACCGUCGUCGCCGCCGACGCCUGCUACACGGCCGGACCCUACCGCACAGACGUCAUCGUCAUCGCGCCGGGUCAGACGGUGGACGCGCUCAUGCGCGCCGACGCCCACCCGGGCCGCCGCUACUAUUAUAUGGCCGCACAGGUGUACCAGAGCCUCGCCAACGCCACCUACAGCGCCACCACUACGGCACUCCUCACCUACCAGGACCACCUACAGCAGCCGCCGCCCCCGCCGGCACUGAUGCCUACCAUGCCGGCGUUCAACGACAGCGCCACCGCCCAGAGGUUCUACGCCAGCCUCACGGGGCUGCUGCAGGACGGCGCGCCGGCGGUGGCGGUGCCGCUGCACGUGGACACGCGGAUGCUGGUCACGUUCGGCCUGGGCGUCAUGCCGUGCGCGCCGGCGCAGACGCUCUGCAACCGGACGCUGGGCUCCGUGGCGGCCAGCAUGAACAACGUCUCCUUCCAGUUCCCCACGGCGAUGUCGCUGCUGGAGGCGCACAUGCGGGGAGCGCCGGACGGCGUGUUCACGCGCGACUUCCCCGACCGGCCGCCGGUGAUGUUCGACUUCACCGGCGACGGCACGACGGCCAACCGGUCGCUCAUGUUCACGUCCAAGGGCACCAAGGUGAAGACGCUGCGGUAAAACGAGACGGUGGAGGUGGUGCUGCAGAACACGGCCAUCCUGGGCGCCGAGAACCACCCGGUGCACCUCCACGGCUUCAACUUCUUCGUGCUGGCGCAGGGCACCGGCAACUUCAACAAUUACAACCUCGUCAACCCGCAGCAGCGCAACACCGUCGCCGUCCCCGCCGCCGGCUGGGCCGUCAUCCGCUUCACCGCCAACAACCCGGGCGUCUGGAUCAUGCACUGCCACCUGGACGCGCAUCUGCCCUUCGGCUUGGCCAUGGCCUUCGAGGUGGACGACGGGCCCACACCCGACGCCGUUCUCCCACCGCCGCCGCCAGACUACCCCCGGUGCUAGUAGUGCUAACUGCUAGCUAAGCACCAACCCCUCGCUCGCCAUUCAGAAUUGUUGAACCCAGAGUCUGUAAUCGUGUCAGUCAUUUAGGUGUGCAUUAGGUGUUACAUUUUUAUGUUCAGCAUGUUUGUAAUUAG